UCCAAUCCAACAAUGGCGACGACGAUCGAUAUUCUAUUUCUUCUUCCCCCUCUAACAAUCCUCCUACUAACCAUCAUCACAUUCACAUUUCCACAUCGCAGUCAAAUUACCAAAUUACCCCCAACCCCGCCGCGCCUGCCGCUGAUCGGCCACAUCCCCCACCUCGCCGGAAAACUCCCCCACCGCGCCCUCGCCGGCCUCGCCCGGAAGUACGGCCCCAUCUUACACCUCCACCUCGGACAAGUCCCCGCCGUCCUAAUCUCCUCCCCGCCGCUCGCCGGAGAGCUCCUCAAAGUCCAGGACCCGGCCUGCGCCGACCGGCCGGACAGCAUCGGAAUCCGAAUCCUCUGCUACAACAACUCCGACAUCGUCUCCAGCCCCUACGGCGGCUACUGGCGGCAGAUGCGAAAAAUCUGCAUCAUCGAAAUGCUCAGCUCCAAGAACGUCCGAUCGUUCUGUCGGAUUCGGGAGGACGAGGUUGCCCGUUUCGUUGAAUCUAUUUUUGCCUCGUCCGCCGCCGGAGAAUCGCCGGCGGUCGACGUGUCGGAUAGGAUUUUCCGGCUGACGAGCUCCGUCGUGAGCAGGGUGGCGUUCGGGCGCGCCGUCGGCGGCCGCGACGAGCUGCUGGGGAUGAUCGAUACGGCGCUGACGAUGGCGGUGGGGCUGGAGCUGCCGGAUAUUUUUCCGGCGUUGAGCGCGGCGGCGAGGGUCCUUAGCUGGAACGAGCGGCGGCUGAGGCGGCUGCAGGGGAAGAUCGACGGCGUUCUUGAUGGGAUAUUGGAGGAACACAGACGGCGGCGGAGUGGGGAGUUUGGUGGGGAAGACAUCGUCGACGUUUUGGUUAGGGUUAAGGACUCCGGCGACCUGCAGUUUCCGAUCACCGAUGAUCAUAUCAAAGCCGUUAUUCUUGAUAUGUUUUCCGGUGGUACGGACACAUCCUCGACAACUAUCGAUUGGGCCAUGGCAGAGUUGAUGAGAAAUCCGUCGGCAAUGGCAAAGGCCCAAGUAGAAGUUAGAGAAGCCUUCAAGGGAAAAAAGACAAUACAAGAAAGCGAUAUUAUCGGACUAAAAUACUUGAAACUAAUAAUUAAGGAAACUUUAAGGUUGCAUCCUCCGGUCCCAAUAAUAUUCAGAGCAACCAGAAAUGAGUGCGUAGUCGAUGAAUAUAUAAUUCCCGAAAAAUAUAAGGUACUAAUCAACGUAUGGUCAAUUGGAAGAGAUCCGGCGUAUUGGCAACAUCCUGAAGCUUUCCAACCCGAAAGAUUUGAAAAUAGUUCGAUAGAUUUCUUUGGAAAUAAUUUUGAGUUUGUUCCAUUCGGGAGUGGAAGAAGGAUGUGUCCCGGGAUUAAUUUUGGAUUGGCGAAUAUUGAAUUUCCGUUGGCUCAAUUAUUGUUUCAUUUCGACUGGAAAAUGCCCGACGGAAAGACACCUGAUGAUAUAGACAUGACCGAGGGAAACGGAAUUGUUGUGUCGAGGAAGAAUGGUCUUUUCUUAAUUCCGACACCUUAUAAUAGUUCUUGACAUAUAAGGCUCUAUUCUUUUAGUCAAUUUUCUUGUAUUUUGUGUUUUAAAUUUAAUUUUUAAUAAAAUAUACUCUCUCCGCCUGUAUAUUGUAUCUGCUACAUUGUAUACAGUGUAUUUUAGGAGGGUGUAAU